AUGAACCGUCAACAAGCUGAUCCCGGCUUUGUUCUUAAUUUCUUCACAGAAGAACUUAGGAGCGAUAAUGUACACCAUAGACUUUUUGCAGCAUCUAAUAUAAGUCUCGUUGCUGCUGCUAUGGGCCCAGAGCACGCAAGAACUGAACUCAUGCAAUUUCUCCUUUCAGCCAAUCAGUUGGACGGUGAAGUUCAAAUGAGCUUAGCUCAGUGCCUUGGUUCUCUUGUUAAAUAUGUCGGCGGACCAGAAUAUGCAAAUGUUCUUCUUGGCCCACUUAAAGUUUUAGCAUCUGCUGAAGAAUCUGUUGUUAGAGAUAAGGCUAUUGAGUCAAUGAACAUCGUCUGCAACAGUAUCCCAGCAGCACAAGCCGAUGUUUCUUUAAUGCAGACUGCACGCGAUUUAUCCACAGCUGAAUUCUUCACAUCCCGCUCAUCCGCCUGCGCUUUCAUUGUUGCAAUUUACGAAAAGGUUAACGAAGCAAACAAGAGCAAUCUUCGUCAAAUUUACAAAUCUCUCGUCAAAGAUGAAACACCAAUGGUACGUCGUAGUGCUCUUAAAAAUCUUCCAAAGCUUUGCGAGGCACUCCCAGCCAAUAUUAUCAUUUCUGACAUUGCCAAGGAUAUUUUAAUGAGUUCCGCAAAUGAUGACGAAGAUUCCGUACGUCUUCUUCUUCCACCAUCCCUCUCUAUCAUUUCCGAAAAAUUGAACGAUCAGGAUAGAAUUAAUCUUAUUAUUGCUUUAUCUAAGAACCUCGUCAAGGAUGGAAGCUGGCGUGUUAGAUCCGCAUUCGCCAAGGAAUUCCCUGCUAUCGCUAAGCCAUUCAGCGUUGAAGUUCUUACUACAGAAUUAUGUCCAUUAUUAUUCCGUCUCCUUCGUGAUCCGGAAGCUGAAACAAAGACAGCCGCCUGCCAGACAGUAUCCGGAAUUUUACCAUACAUCGCUAAGGAGCAGACAUUUGUUGCAGAAAAAUUAAUCCCAGAACUUAAGCCACUUACAAACGAUGGCGCUCCACAGGUCCGCCGUGAAGUUGCUCUCCACCUCAUGGAGCUCGCACCGAUCAUCGGAAAUCACAACACCAGCCUUUCUAUCAUCCCAUUAUUCCUUCAAAUUCUUAUUGAUACAGAUAACGAAGCAUCAGUCGCUCUCCUCAACAGCUUGCUUACCCACGUUGAUGAAGUCGAUCUUGCUUCAAUUACACCAGCAAUUCUCCCAACAAUUCUCGAAAUUGCAGGUGAUACCCACUGGCGUGUCAAAGUUGUCAUCAUCCAGCUUAUCCCACACUUCGCAAAGGUCCUCGGCGUUGAAGAAUUCGGCAAACAAGUUUUCCAAUUAGUCCAAACUUGGCUUUCCGACCUCUUCUUCUCCGUCAGAGAUGAAAUGACCAAACAACUCGGCCCACUUGUUACAGUCUUAGGCCAGGACUGGUGCACACAAACACUUACCCCUGUCAUUCUUGCUCUCAAACUCGAUAAGAACUACUUGAUCAGACAGGUCACCCUCCUUUCCGUCAUGCAACUCAAGAACUCUCUUCAGCCUGCUGUGUUCGUCAAACAAUUCCUUCCAACAGUUCUUUACAUGGCUACAGAUAGAGUCGCCAACGUAAGAGUACUCGUUUCUAAGGCUCUCCUCUUGUUCAUUGGUAUUGGUGAACAAAAGGUUCAGCAGCAAUUACAGACAAUCCUUAAGCAACUUUCAAAUGAUAACGACUCUGAUGUCAAAUACUUCGCCUGCAUGGCCCUCCUCAAGUGCCAGUAA